AUGGUCUCGCUAUCCACUCUCCUUUUCGCUUUCACCGCUGCUAUAGGUGUCUUCGCCGCCCCUAAACCAGAAGACCUCUCCCUGCGCGACUCAAGCUUAAUUGAGCGCUCCACCCCUAGCUCCACCGGCUACCACAACGGCUACUAUUACUCCUUCUGGACCGACGGCGGCGGCGAUGUGACCUACACCAACGGCGCCGGUGGAUCGUAUACAGUGCAGUGGUCUAACGUUGGAAACUUCGUCGGCGGAAAGGGAUGGAACCCGGGGAGUACACGAACCAUAAACUACGGCGGAAGCUUCAACCCCAGCGGCAACGGCUACCUGGCCGUCUACGGCUGGACCCAGAACCCGCUGAUUGAGUAUUACAUCGUUGAAUCAUACGGUACCUACAACCCCGGCAGUGGGGGCACAUACCGCGGGACAGUGACUUCUGAUGGAGGGACAUACGAUAUCUACACUGCGGUUCGGUACAACGCGCCCUCGAUUGAAGGCACGGCGACGUUUACGCAGUUCUUCUCGGUGCGCCAGUCGAAGCGCACGUCGGGGAGUGUCACGACUGCUAAUCACUUCAAUGCGUGGGCGGGGCUGGGGAUGAGUCUGGGGACGCAUAAUUAUCAGAUUGUGGCCACGGAGGGGUAUCAGAGUAGUGGGUCGGCUUCGAUUACGGUUUAUUAG